AGUGCCUCGGCGGUGGGGGCCGCGGGAAAUGGCUGUCGCGUUUUUCACUCCCUCUCAACCACAAUAACAGACGGAGGGCUGGCGUAGGUUCUUUGAACUCAGAUAAACAAGAGUGGAGAUUUGCUCUUUGAUACUGGAGACAACACAGCAAUGGGGCCACGAAGGAAAAGUGUUAAAACGUGUCUCGUGAAUAAUGAGAUCCCCGAGGAAACAAUAUCAGAUGAAACAAAGGACUAUAUGAAUCAGCUUUCACAUGAAGUUCUUUGCCAUAUUUUUAGGUACCUCCCUCUGCAGGAUAUCAUGUGUAUGGAAUGUCUUUCCCGGAAGCUAAAGGAAGCAGUGACCCUAUAUCUGAGAGUUGUGAGGGUUGUGGAUCUCUGUGCAGGGCGGUGGUGGGAAUACAUGCCAAGUGGCUUCACAGAUUCCAGUUUUCUAACACUAUUGAAGAAGAUGCCGGACGUUGAGCAGCUAUAUGGCCUUCAUCCUCGAUACCUUGAGAGGCGAAGAGUAAGGGGCCAUGAGGCUUUUAGCAUUCCAGGAGUACUAGAAGCUUUGCAAGCAUGCCCAAACUUAGUGGGUGUGGAAACUUCUCAUUUGGAGUUGGUAGAAUCCAUUUGGACAUAUAUGCCGCAUGUUCAUAUUUUGGGGAAAUUUCGUAAUCGAAAUGGAGCAUUUCCAAUUCCUCCUGAAAAUAAACUGAAAAUUCCUAUAGGAGCCAAAAUUCAAACUUUACAUUUAGUUGGGGUGAAUGUUCCUGAAAUUCCUUGUAUCCCAAUGCUAAGGCACCUUUAUAUGAAGUGGGUGAGACUCACAAAGCCACAACCAUUUAAAGAUUUUCUUUGCAUCAGCCUAAGAACUUUCGUCAUGAGGAACUGUGCAGGACCCACAAAUUCCUUGAAAUAUGUCCCUUUAGUGACAGGCUUAGCCUCUGCACGAAACUUGGAACACUUGGAAAUGGUUCGAGUUCCUUUCCUUGGAGGUCUUAUCCAACAUGUAGUUGAAGACAGUUGGAGAUCAGGUGGUUUUAGAAAUUUGCACACUAUUGUUUUGGGAGCUUGCAAAAAUGCUCUUGAAGUAGAUCUUGGUUACCUCAUCAUCACUGCUGCCCGUAGGUUACAUGAAGUUCGGAUCCAGCCUUCCCUAACCAAAGAUGGUGUCUUUUCUGCCCUAAAGAUGGCAGAGUUGGAGUUCCCUCAGUUUGAAACCCUUCAUCUGGGAUAUGUAGAUGAGUUUUUGCUGCAGAGCAGAAUGGCUAAUGCAGAUCUUGUGAAGUACGGUUUAGCUGAUGUGGUAGAAAAUCCUGGUAUCAUCACCGAUAUAGGGAUGAAGGCAGUUAAUGAAGUUUUUUCCUGUAUCAAAUAUCUGGCCAUUUACAAUUGCCCUCAUCUACAUAACCCAUACAAUUGGAUCUCAGACCACUCAAGAUGGACUCGAUUGGUUGAUAUCAACCUAGUGCGGUGUCAUGCUUUGAAACUGGAUUCCUUUGGCCAGUUUAUUGAAUUGUUGCCCAGCCUGGAGUUUAUUUCACUGGACCAGAUGUUUCGUGAACCACCCAAGGGCUGUGCUCGAGUUGGUCUGAGUGCAGGCACGGGAAUUGGGGUUUCCUCGGCCCUUGUUAGCAACCAGAACUCCAACAAUGACAAUGAUAAUAAUGCCCAGAAUAACAAUGCCAACAUCCACGACAACAAUCACCAUCACCCAGAUGACUCAGAUGAGGAGAAUGACUUUCGACAAGACCUGCAGCCAGGAGAGCAGCAGUUUGCAGCCGACGCCUUGAAUGAAAUGGAAGACAUGGUGCAAGAAGAUGGAGAAGUGGUAGCUGAGAGCAGAAAUGAUACUCCAGCUGACAGUCAAGCAAUUAUUCCAGUAGAUGUUGAUGAGGAACAAGCAGGACCCAGUGGUCUUCAGCGUGUAGUAAAACCAACCCCAAUUACUGUUCAUGAUUCAGAGAGUGAUGAUGAAGAAGACAGUCUAGAACUCCAAGAAGUCUGGAUUCCUAAGAAUGGUGCUCGGCGUUAUUCUGAACGUGAAGAAAAAACUGGAGAGUCAGUACAGUCCAGGGAAUUGUCAGUAAGUGGAAAAGGCAAGACUCCACUUCGAAAGAGGUACAACUCCCAUCAGAUGGGCCAGUCGAAGCAGUUUCCCCUCGAGGAAAGCAGCUGUGAGAAAGGCUGUCAGGUCACCAGUGAGCAGAUCAAAGCCGAUAUGAAAGCAGCUAGGGAUAUUCCUGAAAAGAAAAAAAACAAGGAUGUUUAUCCCAGCUGCAGCAGCACCACCGCCAGCACAGUGGGAAACUCCAGCUCACACAGCACUGCUUCUCAAAGCCCCGACUUUGUAAGGACGGUGAACAGCGGCGGCUCUUCCGAGCCUAGCCCUACAGAAGUGGAUGUGUCCAGGCAGUGUGUCUGCUCCCCCGGUGGGUCAGAGGACUCUGAGGCCAUGGAGGAGGGAGAUGCAGAGAGCUCUGUCUGUCCCAGAUGCUGCUGUCACAGGCCCCAGGAAUCCCAAAGGAGAACUAGCAGGUGUUCUGAUGAGGAACGUCCUUCAACCAGCCGAGCCUGUGUUGUGAAUGGCCCGGAUGGUACGAGAUCCGCCUUUUCCUUUAGGACUCUGCCACAAGGGGGGUCUUCAGGCCCAGCACAUGAUGAAAGGACUAAUGGGAGUGGCUCUGGGGCUACAGGUGAGGACAGGAGGGGGAGCUCCCAUCCUGAGAGUUGUGACGUGCAGUCUAAUGAAGACUACCCUCGGAGGCCCCUAACCAGGGCCAGGAGCAGACUGUCCCAUGUACCGCUGGUAUCUGAGUCAGAGGUUGCCAAAACAAAGCCACGUCAUGCCAUGAAACGGAAGCGGACGGCAGACAAGUCCACCAGUACCAGUGAUCCUGUGAUCGAGGAUGACCAUGUGCAGGUUCUUGUGUUAAAAUCCAAAAAUCUUGUUGGAGUCACUAUGACCAAUUGUGGAAUCACAGAUCUAGUGCUAAAAGACUGUCCCAAGAUGAUGUUCAUCCAUGCUACUAGGUGCAGGGUACUGAAACAUUUAAAAGUAGAAAAUGCACCAAUUGUAAACCGAUUUGACUAUGCACAAUGCAAGAAACUGAAUAUGGAUCAGGUACUAGACCAGAUACUAAGGAUGCCUCCUGAGAGAAAUCGCAUCAUCUAUCUACGCCCAAUGCAGCAGGUGGACACACUGACCUUGGAGCAGAAGCUGUUUAGUGGCCCUUACCCCUAUCACAUCUGUAUUAUCCACGAAUUUAGUAACCCUCCCAACAUUCGGAACAAGGUGCGCAUUCGCAGCUGGAUGGACACCAUAGCAAACAUCAAUCAAGAGCUCAUUAAGUAUGAAUUCUUCCCCGAAGCCACUCGAAGUGAAGAAGACUUAAAGAAGUACCCCAAGUAUCCCUGGGGAAGAGAAAUCUAUACUUUAGAAGGUGUUGUGGAUGGAGCUCCAUAUUCCAUGAUUUCUGACUUCCCUUGGCUGAGGUCACUACGGGCAGCAGAGCCCAACAGCUUUGCCCGAUAUGAUUUUGAAGAUGACGAAGAAAGCACCAUCUAUGCUCCUCGAAGGAAAGGGCAGCUGUCUGCAGACAUCUGUAUGGAAACAAUAGGAGAAGAAAUUUCAGAGAUGCGUCAGAUGAAGAAGGGUGUGUUUCAACGAGUAGUGGCAAUUUUUAUCCACUAUUGUGAUGUUAAUGGAGAGCCAGUUGAAGAUGACUACAUUUGAUUGGUCCCUCCUCCUUUCCAGCUAUUCUGGCAGAAAUAUUCUGGGAUCAUCUAAUGAGAAUCUCCCCAGAGACUUGGGGAAUGCAGUUGGAAGGUCCUGGUUCAGUUUGGUAUAUAGGAAAUAUAUAAGGAACAUUGAAAUUGUAUACAAAGAUUUGUACAUAGAGGAAAUAUACAAAGAUACUUCCGGAAGUACCAACUUUAUAUCAUAUGUUUAUACAAUUUAAUUUAAAAGUUCAUUUUAAUGAAGGCAGAUAAUUUGAAAGAGUUCAUUUUGUUCAUUUUUCCUGACUUAGUUCAUAAAUGUCAUUUUUUGACUUAGCACCCAUUUGCUAUAUUCUUAAUCAAUGUCAUCCCUUUGAAUCUGUGCCUUUUUCUUCUCGAGCAAAGCUGUUUGAGUAAAUCUGUUGAAGAGUG